CGCCCCAGGAAGUGGACGUCCUGAGCGCCAUGGCUCACUCCCCGGUGAAGUCGGGCCUGCCUGGCAUGCAGAAUCUGAAAGCAGACCCAGAGGAGCUUUUCACAAAACUGGAGAAAAUUGGGAAGGGCACUUUCGGUGAGGUGUUCAAGGGCUUUAACAAUCGGACUCAGAAAGUAGUUGCCAUAAAAAUCAUUGAUCUGGAAGAAGCAGAAGAUGAGAUAGAGGACAUCCAGCAAGAGAUCAUUGUGCUGAGUCAGUGCGACAGUCCUUACGUAACCAAGUACUACGGAUCUUAUCUGAAGGACACCAAGCUGUGGAUUAUCAUGGAGUACUUCGGCGGAGGCUCGGCCCUGGACCUGUUAGAGCCUGGUCCAUUGGACGAGACUCAGAUUGCCACUAUCCUAAGGGAGAUCCUGAAAGGGCUCGACUACCUGCACUCAGAGAAGAAGAUCCACAGAGACAUCAAAGCGGCCAACGUCCUGCUGUCUGAACACGGGGCUGUGAAACUGGCUAAUUUUGGAUUGGCGAGCCAGCUGACAGACACCCAGAUCAAAAAGAACACCUUUGUGCACACCCCCUUCUGGAUGGCGCCUGAGGUGAUCAAGCAGUCAGCCUAUGACUCAAAGGCAGACAUCUGGUCCCUGGGCAUCACCGCCAUAGAGCUGGCCAAUGAGGAGCCCCCUCACUCAGAGCUGCACCCCAUGAAAGUCUUCUUCCUCAUCCCAAAGAACAACCCGCCCACGCUGGAGGGCAACUACAGCAAGCCGCUCAAGGAGCUCGUGGAGGCCUGUCUCAACAAGGAGUCCAGCUUCAGACCCACUGCUAAGGAGCUGCUGAAGCACAAGUUUAUACUCCGCAAUGCCAAGAAGACGUCCUACCUGACCGAGCUCAUAGACAGGUACGAGAGGUGCAAGGUUGAGCGGAGCCAUGAGGACUCCAGCUCUGAAGAGACAGAUGCGGAAACAGACAGCCAGGCCGCUGGAGGUAGUGACUCGGGGGAGUGGAUCUUCACCAUCCGAGAGAAGGACCCCAAGAAUCUGGAGAAUAGGGCUCUUCCACCAGGUGAUCUGGAAAGAAAUAAGUUGACAGACAUCCCAAAGAGGCCUUUCUCCCAGUGUUUAUCUACAAUAAUCUCUCCUCUGUUUGCAGAGUUGAAAGAGAAGAGCCAGGCAUGUGGCGGGAGCACGGGUUCCAUUGAGGAGGCAUGUGGAGCCAUAUACCUGGCAGAGGAGGCCUGCCCUGGGAUCUCCGACACCAUGGUGGCCCAGCUGGUGCAGUGGCUGCAGAGAUACUCUCUGAGUGGUGGAGGAACCUCAUCCCACUGAAACGCCGUGGCAUUAUGGGUUUGGGCUUUUUCUUUCUUCUUCAUCCUCCUUUCUCAAAGUCAAGGAGAGCCUCUGCUGGCUGCUGAGCAGGUGCGCCGCUGAGGAGCCAUCCUCACAGCCGCCGGUGCCAUGGCCCUCACUGUGCCAUGGCCAGAUGAAGUCUCUUGGAUAGAUGGGGUGGGAGGGCCAGCUCCUGCAAGCGAUCGUUUUAUUAUUCCUGUGUUACUUUUCACCAUAGUGCACAUAAUCAAGGAAAGUGUCUUUAAACACACACACACACACACACACACACACACACACACCUGAAAGGGUAUAUUUGGGAUUAUGAUAAGGCAACUACAGACAUGAAACCUCAGGUAUCCUGCUUUAAGUUGACAGCUCCCCUGGGAGACGGAGAAUCGCUCUGGCGGGUCGGUGUACAGAUCUGUAUAUAGAGUCAUUUUUACAGAACCCCUUUGGGCGUGCAUAAGGAGUCACUGUGCAUACACUGGCCAAGUGCUUCUGUAGAUAAUGUCGGUGGAGUAAAUAUUUGACAGGCCAUAACUUGAGUUUAUUGCCUUGCCUUUAUUACAUGUAAAUUUUGAAUUCUGUGAGCAGUGAUUUGGGUUUUAUUUUGUGCUUGCAGAGUUUGCCAUGAAUAAUAACACCCCUUGUAGGGAACACUUCUCUUUGUACCUCAGCACAGGCCCACGUCCCCUUGGUACACUUAGAUGUUGAUUUCCCGUCUCACGGAUGGUACUAUGAUUUCUUAGUGUUUUAAAUCAAAACCUAUGUUGUCUCAUGGAGCUUUAGAUUAUUAUUAUUUCACCUUUCCCUGGACGGUGCACUCUCAUCUAACACUCGUUUGGAGUUAGGCUGUUGCUGGCCUGUGCCAGAUGUGCUGUUUUUUCCAGUACAAUUUUCUGCUGCACCUUGCAGUAGAAUGUGCAUAUCAUUUCUGCCACCUAAAAUGUCUGAAUGUUUACACAAAUAAAUUUUAUAACACUGAAAAAAAA